AUGCCAUCGCAGCCCACCGCCGUCAUUGCCGACCGCCCGCGCAACCCCCGUGGGCCGAAAGGUGGCAAAACCCACCUUGACCUUGAAGAGCGGCGCUCGAUCUAUGAGAGCCAGCUUGCCGUCUCGUCAUCUGGCACACUGCCUCGUGGCGCCAUCGUAAGCUUGCCAAGCAGCACGAAUGCCACCCCGACACUGUGUCUCGCGUAUGGGCACGUGGACGGAGCUCCAUCCGAGCGGGCCACAUUUGUGCCGAUGUUGCAUCAAAAAUCCGAGGGAAUUCUGGUCGCAAAAAAACGCGCACGAGUGAUGACAUCGAUGACGCGAUACGACAAGUGCCCCAGGCCUCGCGGCAGACGAUGA